AUGAGACAAAAUCUCUUAUGAUAUACUAUUGAUUAGCAUUUAUUUCACUCUCAAAAUUUUCACUCCCAAAGUGAAAUGAAAAAGGUGAAAACAAGCCUCACAUUUGAAAUUAAAGGAAAAAGGGUAAAAACGACAUACGUACGCUCGAGUUGCUUUCAAUCCACUCCCUUUCAAAAGUUGUUUAUACCACCUUAGAUUUUAGUUUGCUUUUUGUACAAUUGAAAAUAUAAUAGUUUAAACCCUAAACCAUCAUCAUGCCUUGUAAUAAUUAAAAUCAAAUAUUCAUACCACUUUUCUUUUUAUGGUAAAAAAUCGUCAUUGAUAAGGGUAAUUAUUAAUUAUUUAAAUCCAACAAAUUUGAAGAUAUGACAAAAAAGUUGGUGCACUAAAAAUUGAUAUCAAUUCAAUUGUAUGACUUGAACUAACGCUCCUUUUAAUUCUUCAUUCAAUUGGUCGUUAUGUUUCUAUAUUAUAAAUCCUAUGAUUAUUUUCCUCAAAGCGGCGUCGUAUGAUGUUAAAAAAGACGUCUUUAACCCGUCACUUCAAGAUAACAUUUUUACUUUUUCAGUAAUUCCAUUAUUCCAAGUUUUAUUUUAUUUUCAAUUAUAUUUUUAUUUUUUUCCUUCAUUUUUCCUACUCCCAAAAAAAUGCAGCAGUGAGCUUGCAGCAACCUUUUUUAUGUCCAACGGAUAUAAAAUAAAUGGAAAAUUUUUAAAACCCAAAAAAUUGAAAUGAAAGAAGAGAGAGGAGAGAGAGAGAAGAGAGAGAGGGGAAAGGUGAAAACUUUUGUUUUACCAAAACGAUAUAGCAAAGAAAAGCGAAAUACUGUUUGAAGUUUUCUCUUUCGGAUUCCCAAUCAAUCUCUUUGAUCCACACGCCGCUGCCCACUUCCCGUCGUUGGUUUGUUAAAUGGAGACCACAAUUAUAGUGGCUCUCUUCUUGAUUUCGGUUUAGCUGCUCCCUAUUUUGUGGGUUUCGUUAAUUUUUUUUUUUUAUUUUGUAAUUUUUUUUUUCGUUAGGAGAUUUGGUGGCCGAAUGUGGUUUAGGUUACAUUUUUGGUAGAGAUCUUGUGUAAUUUUACUAGGUUUUCGGCAUUUUCAGUUGCUUUCUGGUCUUCUAUUUAUGCUGCCCAGGUUCUCCCCCCCGGUUUAAGUGCAAGGGUUCCAGUUUUCUUUUUUCUUUGUUAAAUUUCUGAAGAUUUGAAGUUUGUAAGUGUUUGUUUGAGCCGGCGUUUCAGCUCAGAAGACAGUGGUUGUUAAGCAAAGGGAAAUAAUUCAAUCUUGCUACUGUGGAGAUCUGGGACCUAUUUAAUCUUUUUUGCCCCAUGAAGACUUUUUUUCCUUCCGAUUCUUGUAAAGAACCGCUGCUCAACUCUAUUAAUCCUCAGUCAUGGCUCCAAGUAGAAAGAGGCAAGCUCACAAAACUUCCACCGGAAUCUCCUUCUUCAAUAGAAUCUCUCAUCAAGGUUCCCGACCCGCCAAUCCUUCCGUUCUACAAACCCGUUGACUAUGUUCAAGUCUUGGCUGAAAUUCACGAAGAGCUCGAGUCAUGCCCCCAGACAGAGUGGUCGAAUCUUUACUUGUUGCAGUAUCAGGUCUUUAAAGGCCUAGGAGAAGCAAAGCUGAUGCGAAGGAGCCUUCGUUCGGCUUGGCUUAAGGCGAGCACCGUUUAUGAGAAACUCGUAUUUGGGGCUUGGUUGAAGUACGAGAAGCAAGGCGAGGAGAUCAUUUCCGAUUUGCUAUUGUCUUGUGGUAAAUGCACUAAGGACUUCGGAUAUAUAGACAUUGCCUCUGAGUUUCCUGUACACGAAACUCCAAGCUUCGUAACGAACGACACUUUUUUCCUUCGUAGUAAUGUUUCCUUUCGAAUCGGAGACGAGAAAAUAACGUGCGACAGGCGCAAGAUUGCCGGACUUUCAGCUCCUUUUCACGCCAUGCUUAACGGGUGUUUCACAGAAUCCUCCAGUGACGACGUCAACCUGUCUGGAAACAACAUUUCUCCUUUGGGAAUGAGAGCAAUCAGCGAAUUCAGUAAAACGGGACGAUUGGGUGAACUGCCCUCGAGUCUUUUAUUAGAAAUAUUGGUAUUUGCCAACAUAUUUUGCUGUGGGACCCUUAAGGAUGCUUGUGACAAAAAGCUCGCUUCUUUAGUUUCCUCCAGACAAGACGCAGUCGAACUAACAGAAUUCGCCCUCGAGCAAAAUUCCCCUGUAUUGGCCGCCUCUUGUCUGAAGGUGUUUCUGUACGAACUUCCCGAUUCGCUGAACGACGAACAAGUAGUAGAACUGUUGACCAGUCUCGAUGCUCAACAACGGUCAACUAUGGUGGGGCCCGCCUCGUUCUCUCUUUAUUCUCUACUGGCCGAAGUUUCAAUGAACUCCGACCCCACCUCGGAAAAAUCUGUUCUUUUCUCAAAGCAGUUGAUCGACUGUGCUGUAACCGCCAGGCAGAAAAUGGUGUCCCUACAUCAGUUGGGAUGCAUUCGUCUUUUCAGAAAAGAAUACGACGAAGCGGAGAAACUCUUCGAGGCUGCUCUGAGCGAAGGCCAUGUUUAUUCAGUCGUCGGUUUAGCUAGAUUAAGCCAAAUAAAUGGGAAUAAUAAAGAUUCUUCUUACGAGAAAAUCACAUCCAUAAUAUCCUCUCACACUACUCCACUUGGAUGGAUGUUUCAAGAGAGGUCGUUGUACUGUGAUGGAGACCAAAAAUGGGGCGAGCUCGAAAGAGCGACUGAACUGGACCCCACAUUGACCUACCCCUACAUGUACAGAGCUGCAUCUUUGAUGAGAAAACGAGAUUUCGAAUCGGCACUUUUGGAGAUCAAUAGGGUUCUUGGAUUUAAAUUGGCGUUGGAGUGUUUGGAGCUCCGUUUUUGUUUCUAUCUUGCUAUCGAGGAUUACCAAUCGGCUAUAUGCGAUGUUCAGGCGAUACUUACGCUUUCUCCCGAUUAUAGGAUUUUCGAUGGGAGAGUUGCGGCUUCGCAGCUUCGUGUGCUUGUACGAGAGCAUGUCGAGAAUUGGACAACGGCUGAUUGUUGGCUGCAACUUUAUGACAGGUGGUCUUUAGUUGAUGAUAUUGGGUCACUAUCUGUGAUAUAUCAGAUGCUCGAGUCUGAUGCUGCUAAAGGGGUUCUUUAUUUCAGACAGUCUUUACUCCUUCUCAGACUCAAUUGUCCUGAAGCAGCAAUGAAGAGUUUACAGCUGGCUCGCCAGCACGCAUCGAGUGAACCCGAAAGAUUAGUUUACGAGGGAUGGAUCUUAUAUGAUACUGGUCACUGCGAAGAAGGCCUAAGAAAAGCCGAGGAAUCUAUUAAUCUCCAAAGAUCCUUUGAAGCUUUUUUCUUGAAAGCCUAUGCCUUAGCCGACUCUAGUCAAGAUCCAUCUUGUUCAUCCACUGUCGUAUCUCUUCUCGAAGAAGCUCUAAAAUGCCCUUCCGAUAGACUCCGCAAAGGCCAGGCACUGAAUAAUCUGGGAAGUGUGUACGUUGAUUGCGGUAACUUGGAUGCUGCAGCUGAUUGCUAUAUCAACGCCCUCAAAAUCAGGCACACGCGGGCCCACCAAGGUCUUGCUCGGGUCCACUUUCUAAGACAUGAUAAAAGUGCAGCUCAUGCUGAGAUGACUAAGCUUAUUGAGAAAGCUAGAAAUAACGCCUCGGCUUAUGAAAAGAGGUCAGAGUAUGGCGACCGCGAACUCACAAAGACGGAUCUUGAAAUGGUGACUCGAUUGGACCCACUUCGGGUUUAUCCUUACAGAUAUCGAGCCGCAGUUUUGAUGGAUAACCACAAAGAGAAAGAAGCGGUGGAAGAACUGUCGAAGGCAAUCGCAUUCAAAGCGGAUCUUCACCUUCUUCAUUUACGAGCUGCAUUUCACGAGCACAUAGGAGAUGUUAUCGGAGCAUUACGUGAUUGUAGGGCCGCAUUGUCGGUUGAUCCGAAUCACCAAGAGAUGUUAGAACUCCAUAGCCGUGUCAACUCCCAAGAACCUUGACAAGAAAAACUACUACUAGUACAUUAUUAUGAAAAAAAAAAACCAGGAAAAGAAAAAAGAGAAGAAGAUGAAGUUAGCUUUGUAGCCUUUCAGUGUAUGUAUGUUGUAUGUAUACCUGGGUCUAUUCUAUGCUACACCCGGUGAACUUCACCGAAUGUCUUGAGAUUUUGACAUGUGGUAUUUAAUAAUUAAGUAGUUAAUUAUGUAACUUUAAUUAUAGGAAGAUAAAUAAAUUAAUAGAAUCACUUUAUUAUAGGCAA